AUGUCUCAUGAAAGAACUGAGGAGGAGCUAGGAGAUGUUAAUGGGCUUACAAAAGAGAAAGUGGACAAGUUGGUGAAGGUAUAUAUAAAAGACGCAAAAGAGGGUUUGUUGGAAACUAAAGGGUGGCCUAUGAAUUUUCUUGCUUACAUGGUCCCUAAAGUGGUUUUUAAAGCCUACACAAGGGUUUUGGCAAAGGCAUAUCUCAAUAUUAAUAUAAAUGCAGUAUAUCCCGUAUAUGUGAAAAUAGAACUAAAUAAUAAUACUGGAAUACUGAUUGUUGAAGAAGGUACAGAAAGUCCUGUAAUGGUGGCUCUUAUGCCUCAUGGUGGUCCUCCAGGCCUAUUUUUCAGUCGCACGGAAGUAUCAACCUUUUAA